AUGGAUCUCUCUGUUUUGCCAAAUAACAACCAUCCUGACAAAUUCCUGCAGCUUGACGUAAAGUCUUUCACGAGGAGCUCAGCCCUCCUUCAGGCCAGCCUGGCAAGGUUUCCGGGUGGAAAUUAUCCUGCUGCACAACACUGGCAAAACCUUGUCUACUCACAGAGGGAAAAGAAGAAUAUUGCUGCUCAGCGAAUUAGGGGAUCCAGUGCAGAGAGCCUUGUUACUGCUGAUAGCCCUCCACCAUCCAUGUCAUCAGUUAUGAAGAAUAACCCACUCUAUGGUGACCUAAGUUUGGAGGAAGCUAUGGAAGAAAGAAAAAAGAACCCAUCAUGGACCAUUGAGGAAUAUGACAAACGUUCCCUGCACACAAACCUCUCUGGACAUCUGAAGGAAAAUCCUAACGACCUGCGGUUUUGGUUGGGAGACAUGUACACUCCAGGUUUUGACACUUUAUUGAAAAAGGAAGAGAAACAAGAGAAGCAUUCAAAAUUUUGUCGUAUGGGUCUGAUUUUACUUGCCAUCAUCUCCAUCUUGGUUGCCAUAGUGACUAUUAUUACUUUUUUCACCUGA